AUGCCAACUGCCAAGCAACUAGCUGACAUUGGCUACAAGACCUUCUCCACCUCCAUGAUGCUCCUCACUGUGUACGGGGGCUACCUCUGCAGUGUCCGAGCCUACCACUAUUUCCAGCGGCGCAGCUCCCAGCGCCAGGCUGCAGAAGAACAGAAGACCUCAGGAGCCCUAUAG